CCGCGCGCGCUGCCAUGGAGCACUUCAUCGAGAGCGUGCGCCGCUUCCCGUGCCUGUGGAACACCACGGCCAUCGAGUACCGCGACCAGGAGCUCAAGGACGCCGCCUGGGCAGAGGUCAUGAAGGAGACCGACCUCUCGUCAGUGAAGGAGGUGAAGUUGAAGUGGAAGAAGCUGCGCGACAGCUACCGCGACGCGCUCAAGCGCCACAGCGAGAUGCUGGCCAAGGAGCCGGGCGCCACGCCCGCGCCCAAGAAGACCUACCCCUGGAAGUACAUGGCGCCCAUGCAGUUCCUGCAGCCGCACAUGAACGUGCGCAAGAAGGCCGCCAGCCCGCCGCCGCCGCCCGCGCGCAGCGUCUCGCAGCGCAACGGCGACGCGCGCUCGUCCGAAGAGUCAGAGUCGGAGCCGGAGUCCGAGCCCAAGCGCAAAGCCAGCGACCGCCUCUCCGUCAUCGACCGCAAGCUCGACUACUUGUGCAAGGCGCAGAGCAAGCGGCAGUUCACGGAGGCGCACUACCAGGAGCGCAAGCGCGAGCACGCGCCGCCGGCCGCCGCGCCCGACCCGCUCGACAUCUUCUUCAACAGCAUGUGCCAGUCGGCCAAGCGCUUCCCCUACCCCACGCAGAUCCAGAUCAAGAAGACGCUGUUCAACGCCGUGAUCGAGGCGGAGCAGGCUCUGCUGGCCGAGCAGCAGAGCUACGCCAGCCUGUGGGCGCGCGCGCGCUCGUCCAGCAGCAGCGAGGCGGACGGCGCGGACGACGACAAGGCCUCCUGAGCCGCGCUGCUGCCCGCGCUCUACCACUACUACGGCCUGGCGCCCGCGCCCGCCGCGCGCGCCGGCAGCAGCGAGGCGGACGAGUGACGCGGGCUCGGGGGAACCAUUGUUUCCAAAAAACAGCGGUUGUGUAGCGACGCCAUCGCCGAACUGUACAGAAGUGCCAGCCAAAGUGACUGCCAAAUUGAUUGCCCAACGAUGGCCCAAAGUUUAGUGUGUAGUUCCAUUGCCAGCGAACAGUAUUGUAGUUAAGGGUAUUAUUUAGUAUUUAAUGUGCCGCUGCUUCAGCAGACCACUAAUCUCUCAACUAAGUAAAUAGAAGCAAAAAAGAAGUGCAAUCUUGGCACAAUGUGCUGCGGAAGCGAGUGGUUGGUCCUUUGAACCCUCCCUGUAGUUUAGAGAUGUGUAUACGCAGCAGUAGCACUACCUAUCGUGUAGAUUGUACAUAUUGAUUAUUACCGUAACCCGGUGCAAGGCGACGUCCAGUCUUAGUUGUAGAUAGAUAUAAUAUUAUACAGCUACUUAUUUAAAGUAUUAUAUAUCUUUACCGAUACCAGCUUGUCGAGAGUGACGUCUAAUGCAAGUUAAGGAUGAAGUCUUUGUCGAGGCGCACUUACUAUGUAUGUAUGUGUAACAUGAGGUCAAGAGUGAGGCACGUUAUUUCUGAAAUGAUUCCGUACCUUUAGAAAUAAUACCGCGUAAUUGACUUGUACCGAGUGAUCUUUUUAUAUUUUUUAAAUUAAAAAAAUCAUCAAGCUAUGUGGUAUGUAUGGGACACCAACGACACGUUGAUAAGCUGUUAUUCAGUCUGUAAUCAACAAGAUAUGUUUUACAAACUAAUUUAAAAAUAAUUAGAUAGGUACCGAACAUUGACAAAUAACUAAUUGACGGAAUAAAAAAAGUAUCAUCUGCAAGUUCUUUUAUACAACAUUGCCUGUACGUAUGUAGUAAUACUGUGAUAUAAUAUAAGAACGCAGCAGGUGACACGGUAUCAAAGUAAGGUAACGGUGUAUUAUCAAGGUUAAAUUAAGACAUUAUAUAAAGUUAUAAAUGUGACUGAAGAUAACAGCCAAAUGUAUUUUUCAUAAUAAUUAACUUGUUCUUAAUUGAUUGAACAAUUGUUUUCAAUCACCGCAUUAAGAUACUUGUGUUUAUGAAUAAUUAAACCUGACUUCGAAGUAUUCUAUUUGUGCUACCACUGGUUAUACAGUUAUACCACAGGUACCAUUACGUUGGUCUUGUUGAUCUCCGGUAAGGGUUUCUGUCCUUCAAAUUAGAUCUCCAUCAAAUGUAUAGUCUCCACCCAAGAUAGGUUAUCAAAUAAGAGUAAUGAUUAAUCAUUGAUUUGACUUUCUUUUCGUGUUUUUAAUCGGGAACUUACACACGCAAGCUGAACGUUUAUAUUAGGUAAUAGCUAUACACAUAAUGUUCGCUAUUUCAGUAUAAUGUUGGCUAUUUUACCUAUGUCAUUGAAUAAAAUACUGAUAAUUAGGUAUAUUGGUUUAUACGUGAAUAAUCGACUUAAUAAACAUUUAUGUACUA